AUGAACCCCGACGGCGAUGACGACAGGUCAUCAUCCACGCCAACUGCAGCAUCCAAGUCCAUCUCGAGUCAGGAUAAAGAGAAGCCUCGUCUGACCGAUCAGGAGAAGAAGAACAAUCAUAUCGCGUCGGAACAAAAGCGUCGUGCGGCCAUUCGGGAAGGCUUUGAUCGCCUGACAGAAUUGGUACCGGGACUAGAGGGACAAGGCCGCAGCGAAAGCAUUGUUCUUCAGAAGACUGUGGAGUUUAUUCAUCUGAAACUCCAGGAGCGCCACAAUCUCAUUGCCGAGAUUGAAAGUAAAGGUGGUCGAGUGGAUGAGUCCAUGCGGCCAUCAUGA